AGAGAGGCGUGCUGACAGAGACCACUUGUACACAACCGUGCCAGUAGACAGGGAGUCUUUGAGGGCUUGUGGAGCGGACCAGACCCGCAUAUCAAUCAGCGACUGGCUGAGUCCAAGCAGCGGAUAUCUGAAAGGGAGCAAGAGGGUGAUGGCCGUGUUUGAAGAAGGUAGGAAAAAGCAAACUAUAACAUAACCACAAAAAACUGCUUCUGUCUUUGUCCAGCCACGUGUGCGCACAAGAAGGCGCAAGGAGGUGCGGGGAUUGCGCAUAUGUGCCAGACGCAGUCGAGUACGCGGCGCACCGUGGAAAUAUUCAGACUGCUUCUCCCCAACUGACGACUUCCAUCCAUCGCUCGACAAUAUGCACGCCGGAGUCUGGCUUUCGGUGGUGUCUGCCGUGUUUUUUUUCACCGGGCUGCAGUGGACCGCGGCGGCGGGAAUGGAUGCCUCCACGGUCGGCCCCGGCGGCGGCGGCGAAAACGCGGGGAAAAGAGACUUAAAUCAGACGAUAAACUCGCGACUGAAGAGGAAAACGCUGGCGGUGGAUUUCGCUGUGCCCUCUCUGUUGCGUUAUUACCUGGCGGAGUUGGUGAAGAGACCCCUCAAUGGAGACUGCCAGACUUUUGGAGGCUGCUACACAGUUAGUGCAAACUUAAAGAUGCACUGCAUCCCCUUGCAGAAAACCUUAUCUACUUUUGUCGAGCAGAGGGCUGCAGGAUCCGCCGCCAGGAACGCGUCCGGCGACGGACAGCUCCCUUUCUUUUCCAAGCGGCCGCUGUCCAAAGUUCUGAAAUUGGGUCUGACCAAAGCCAGCCGCAAGUCGAAUCAAGUGGUGGUGGAAAUAGGAGAGGAUUUCGUCAGGACGGGCUGCGGGGGGCUGUCGGUGUACGAGGAGGCCCCCGUGUUGACCCUGGAAGUGGACCUCACGACUAUUAUGGAGUGGUGGCUCGGCGCGGACGGGGGCCGACUGAGGGUCCGGCUCAUGCCGGAGAAACGGGCGCAGGUGCCCGGCGUCGAGGACCGCUACACUGCGGCCAUACGCGCGGCUGACCCCCGCCUCUUUCUACAGAUUUUCUCCCAGGGUGAGACUUUGGCUGGUAGGACUGGCAUUCCUCAGGGGUUCUGGAGCUUUUCCUGGGUAGCUGAGGAUGACCUGAGCUUUCCCAACAACUUGAUGCCCAUCUCAGGUCCGCCAUGUGACAGAAGCAGAUCAUGUGACCAGAAUUUUGAUGGUGUCCCAGAGUUUACAUGGAGCAUAGUGGCGACAGGGGACACACUGGAGGAACGCGACAGAAAGAUGGAAAAGAAGGCAGGAAGUCCCCAAGGGUGGGAGGAAGGUCAGUUUCUGUGGGUGAAUGGUUCCUCCUUUGGGGGUCCCUGGGUGCUGAGUCCAUGGCUGUGGAGUGGCCCUGUUCCCUGUAGCUUGGACAUGGCCUUGUAUCUGCACCCCAAGCAAAGUGGACAAUAUAACAUAUGGCUUAUUGAGCGGGAUAAGCCUCAACUUUCUCUCUUCUCCACCGACACAUUGCCUCGUAUUACAGGCUGGGCGGUUGCUCACCUCACACUGGGGACGCAGGGGGGAUCACCUUUCCGGAUCUCAGCCAGCUACAACCAGCGAGUCCUGGGUGAAACAGCCAUGAUUGAGCCCAACUUUACCACCAACUGCACCAUGGCUUCCUCACCGGGGUCUUUCAUCACACUUAAGGGUCAGUACCACUGUCACCAAGGACCUGGGAUCCCAUUGGGCAAACUGUGUGACUUCAAUACAGACUGUCCGCUUGGGGAUGACGAGGGCGAGCGAUGCCGCCACUUCCUCAAUGGCAGCUACUGCUCUUUUGAAGAGGGCGAGUGCGGUUGGCAGUCAAUAAUGGGCCACAGUAUCUCUUGGAGAAGACUGCAGUCUCCAGCCAAGACUACAAGACAGAGCUGCCCAUCCUCAGGUGCAACACUCAGUGUGGAAGGGAAAGGCCAAGGUCGCUCAGCAUCCCUAAGGAGUCCUCUCUUUCCGCCGCCAUUAAGAAACUCUCCAUGCACGGUACGUUUCUGGGUGUGUUCUGGUGGCUUAAAGAAGGUCUCGCUGUCUUUGUGGCUGUUGGAGAACAGCACAGGCCCUGAGGAGCAGCGCCAACUGUGGCACCUAGACAGUCAACCCCUUUCUGAGCGGGGCUGGAAACUCUUUACGGUUCCACUUUACGGGCUGGCAGACUGGUUCUGGCUACUGUUCAGCACUGAAGAUGGACCUGGACCUGGUUCAUCCAUCUCUCUUGACAACAUCUCUUUCAGUAUGAACUGCUUCCUGGCUUCAAAUGGAGAAUUUCCACCGGUGGCCAGCAGCACAACAAGGUUGGCCCUUGGACCACCAUUCACUACCACGCCUCCAUCCAUCGGGAUCCCACUGAUGAACUCCCACACCACUGAUUACUCCAAAAAAUGGAUUUUUCACACCUGUGGGGCUGCAGGACCUGAUGGUCCAACUCCCACCCAGUGCUCGAACUCCUACAGGAUCAGCAAGGUCAAUGUGACAGUGGGCACCCGGGGGCCUCUCAAAGGCAUUCAAAUGUGGCCCGUUCCUGAAACUGGAACCUACAGGAUCACAGCCUACGGUGCAGCUGGAGGACGUAGUGUUAUGGCCAUCAGCAGGUCACAUGGCACCUACAUGAGCGGCGACUUUCUGCUGAGAAAAGGAGAGCUGAUCUACAUCCUAGUUGGACAAAAAGGAGAGGAUGCCUGCCCCAAUUCCAAAGCCACGCUGAAUAAGAUCUGCCUGGAACAAAGCAGCCCGAUUUUAAAUAAAAGUCAAGUUAAGGGUGGAGGCGGAGGCGGGGGCGGGGCUACAUAUGUGUUUAAGGUGGACAACGGCCUCCACGUACCCCUCAUCAUUGCUGCUGGUGGAGGCGGCCGAGGUUACAGCAGCCGAUCAGAGAGCCAGCUGGAACAGAUGGACUAUGAGCUCAGUCAACCGGGUCGCAAUGGGAAGUCACAUGCUGCAGGUGGAGGUGGAGGAUGGAAUUACGGCACUCCUGUCAGUCAGGGUGGCAGACCUCUGCUGCUGGGAGGGCAGGGAGGACAGGCCUGUCAAAAAUUCUGGCAGACACGAGGCGGCUUUGGAGGGGGUGGCGGUGGAUGUAUGGCAGGAGGUGGUGGUGGAGGCUACAGAGGCGGUAACACCUCAUUAAACGACAACCCUAAACAUGACGGUGAUGAUGGUACUUCCCUCUUCGGUCCAGCAGGAGAGCCCUACCUGUACCCUCUCAAAGCAAUGGAGAGCGACGGAGAGGUGGUCAUCAGUCCAGUGCGGAACUGCAGUCACUGCCAGAGUCGCGAAUGCCACGAGAUAAAGGGAGACAUCGUCUGCUACUGUGACGAUGACCUCAUCCUGGCACCAGAUGGCGUGUCCUGCAUCAACUCUACAGAGGUGUUCCUCCUGCCUUCCCAGCCGUCUGUGUCCCACUUGGCUCUGGGUCUUUCUGUCGGCACCUCAGCCCUUAUCGCCGCCCUGCUGCUGGCCGUGUCUGGAGUCAUGAUAAUGUACAGGCGUAAACACACAGAGCUGCAGUCCAUACAGUUGGAGCUACAAAGUCCAGAUUGCAAGCUCAGUAAACUGCGGGCCUCCACCAUCAUGACCGACUACAAUCCAAACUACUGCUUCGCUGGUAAGACGGCCUCAGUCAAUGACCUGAAGGAAGUGCCAAGACGCAACAUUUCCCUUACCAGGGGUCUGGGUCAUGGUGCGUUCGGUGAAGUGUAUGAAGGUCUGGCUGUCGGGAUACCAGGAGAACCAAGUCCACUUCAUGUGGCAGUAAAGACUCUUCCCGAGGUUUGCUCAGAACAAGAUGAAUUGGACUUUCUUAUGGAGGCUCUAAUCAUCAGUAAGUUCAGCCACCAGAACAUUGUACGCUGUGUGGGGGUCAGCUUGCACGCUAUGCCCAGGUUCAUACUGCUAGAGCUGAUGACUGGAGGAGACCUGAAGAGCUUCCUGAGGGAGAUGAGACCUCGACUGGAUCAGCCUUCCAGCCUGUCCAUGGUUGACCUCCUGAAUGUAGCGAGAGACAUCGCUAAAGGCUGCCAGUAUCUGGAAGAGAACCAAUUUAUCCACAGAGACAUUGCGGCUCGUAAUUGCCUGUUGACGUGCAAAGGAGAAGGCCGCGUGGCCAAGAUUGGGGAUUUUGGGAUGGCUCGCGACAUUUACAGGGCAAGCUAUUACAGGAAAGGUGGCCGUGCCAUGUUGCCAGUAAAGUGGAUGCCACCUGAAGCCUUCAUGGAGGGCAUCUUCACAUCAAAAACAGACACAUGGUCCUUUGGGGUUCUGCUGUGGGAGAUCUUCUCGCUGGGCUACAUGCCUUAUCCAAGUCGCAGUAACCAAGAAGUGCUGGACUUUGUGACUAACGGUGGGAGAAUGGACCCACCCAAAAACUGCCCUGGGCCUGUGUAUCGUAUAAUGACUCAAAGUUGGCAGCAUCAACCUGAGGACAGACCCAACUUUUCAACUAUCUUGGAGAGAAUCGACUACUGCUUGCAGGACCCGGAUGUGGUGACCAUGACUUUGCCUAUCGAGUACGGGCCCAUCCUGGAGGAGGAGGAGUGUGUACCCGCACACCCUAAUGACCUCUCGGGUGCCACUGUGCUGGUGAAUGCUCAGGUGCCUGACGGGGGUCUCGCCCAGACGGCGCCAUCCUAUGCCGCAGAGGAGCACGCAGCCGGGACAAGCGCAGCGUCCGAGGCCAAGGCAAACACAGCUGCUCCGCCCCAGCUCUACCUCCUCCAGCACCAGCAACCUCACACGCAGACCUCCACCACCAUGACGACCACUGUCACCUCCACAGUCGCCGCCACAGUCACCGCAGCGGGCCCGGAAGGGGGCCACGUCAAUCCGGCUUUCACCCAGAGCCACAUGGCAGAGCCGGAGAACGGCAAGAGCAGCAGUCUUUGGAACCCCACCUACGGCUCUUGGUUCCUGCAGCAGCAACAGAGGAAGCAGCAGCAGAGGCAGGGGGGAAUGGGCGGAAGCAGGGUGCCCGGUGAAGGGCAGGAGCAUGUGGGACGGACUGUGGCCGAGGUCGCCGGGUCUAUGGGUCUGCAGCAUAAGUUCCAACAUCAGCACCAGCUGCAGGUGCUGCACCAGCAGCAGCGGGGUCUCUGCAGACCCCUGUUAGUGCCCUCGCCCCCCGCCGCCCAGUCACCCCUACUUUUAGAUUCAGCUGCUUUGCCGCCGGGUCCCCUCUACAGACUGAGACGUUUCCCUUGCGGGAGCAUCGGUUUCGGCUACCAGGAGCAGAGCGUGGCAGUGGAGGCCAACCCACCGCCGCCAUUUUCCUCCCAACAGGGGGCAUCAGCCACCCAUCACAGAGCCCCCGUCCCCACCUCAGUGUCUCUGGGUCGAUCGGCGCUAUCAGAGGACAGCCGACCCCUCUUGGUCACCAUGGGAACAGUGCAGGACCCCCGCCUGCCCAGAAUGGAGGGGCACAAUGCCACCGUGCUUUAGCCAACUUGCCUGCGCCACUUUUUCACCCCCCAAGACUUUUCACUGUGUCAGGAAGGACGACUUGAGCCCAUCCUAGCAUCUUUUUGGCCCUCAAUCCAUCACCUUUUUACUACAAAUGAACAUUAAAAGCACAUCAGACGGCGAAACAAAUUCAAAAGCUAGUUUUUGAGUGGAAGAAAUGUAUUUUUUCAUCACGGAAGGGGAUGCAUGUGACCUCAGAGGACAGACUUUAUAGCAGAGGUUUCAGUUUUUGUGUGCGCUGACUGAUGGCUGCAGCAGCACUCAGAUGGACAAUAAUUCUGAUUUAAAUGGCUUUAGUUGGCCAACUUCACACUUGAUUCACAAACUCUGAUGACUGCGGAGACCAAUUUAAAAGUUGCUGCUGCCAGCCUCGUAUUUCAUUUCUAUUGCAGGACCCUCACCCUGUUCAUUACCCUCAUCCUUCGCCGGGAGAAAAAAAAAGCUUGGCAGGUAACUUGUACUUUCUAUAUGUUGGAUUUACACACUCAAAAAAAAAAAGUGUUUGUUGAUGUUUGCUUGCCUGCGUGUUUAUUUAUUCUUUCCUUUAUUUAUUAUUUGGCUUUACAAGUUAUCAACAUACAAGCGGAAUUUUUUUUGCAUCACCAGAUUAUUGUUUUUUUGCUGUUUGAAAAGGUUAAAUUUAUGUUAAAAGUUAAAGUACCAAUGAUUUUCUCACACACACUAGGCGUGGGGAAAUGUGUCCUCUGCAUUUGACCCAUCCCCUUGAUCACCCCUUGGGAGGUGAGGGGAGCAGUGGGCAGCAGCGGUGCCGCGCCCGGGUAUCAUUUUUUGUGAUUUAACCUUUCAAUUCCAACCCUUGAUACUGAGUGCCAAGCAGGGAGGUAAGGGGUCCCAUUUUUAUAGUCUUUGGUAUGACUCGGUCGGGGUUUGAACUCACAACCUACUAGGCCACUAAAAAGGGGAGCCGAUGCUAACAAAACUUUACAAAAUGUCCUCCGGCUGCAGGCGAGUUACAUUCCGAUGACGCCGAUGUAAGUCGAGUUUUAGUGUAAGUCAGAAGUUAACUCUGCUUUGUAAGCUGCUUAGUCAUUAAUAAAAAUAAUGAGUGAGUGUAAGGCACACUCACUAGCUCUGUUGAGGUGUUUCAUAAUGGUGCCAUCUGCUGGAUUAAAAAAGUCACCACUUUUUUUUUUUUCAAGUAAACAAUUGUGCAGAAAGGAAUAUGAAACGUGCAAAAUCGGUCCAUUAGCAUUAGCAACAAGGAAAAUAACUUGUACAUUAUUCUGCACUGUAAGAUUAAAAUGAUUCCACAUUUUGCAAUCUUUCCUUUUGAAGUUUUCCUGGCCACGAAUCACCAAACUGUGGAGAAGGGGCAAGGACCCCCAACUACAAUUAUUUGUUUUGGGUUUUUUUUUUCAUGUAUAAUGGUGCUAAAUGUACCUUGUUAUUACGAAAUACUAAGAUAUUCAAAUAGUAUAGUGCCGCUAAUGGCUAUCUAGCAACUAGCGCACUAACUAGUAAUCGGCGGCCAGUACACUAAUCGCUGGCAGCCAACUAACACGCUAAUCGCUAGCUGGCAGAUAGCACGCUGAUCAGCAGCUGUUAAUCAAGGCAUUAUUUAGUAGCUGCCAAUUAGCAUGCUCAUCAUUAGCAUCAAACUAGCGCUCUAAUUGCUAGCUGGCAACCAAAGCCUUAAAGUACCAGUAGAGUGGAAAAACAAGUUACCUCUAUAUUAAAGCGAUUAUCAUAUAUGUCUGAUUUAUGACACCCAAAGUCUUAUAAAGUCUGCGAGUAAAUAGAUAUGAUCAAAAUAGUAUCAAUCCAACAGAGAUUUCCAAGCCAUUUUGAGAGAUAAUGAGCUAGCCAGACACGUGAGCUCUUGAUGUAGUGGUAGGAACACAGAUCCCUUCCCCACCAACAACAAUGUGAGAGCCAACAUUGAUUACUUUGGGAAAAAUUAUAAUCCAGAACCAUAUAUUUUUGAUCCUGAAUAUAAGGAGGAUGAUCUACAAGUUUUAGAAGCUCUGCUGAACAAAUCCAGCUUUAGUGAAACACUAAGCCUCAUGUAGAAAUAUUGCUAGAUGCUAAACGACAAAUAUAAUAAAACGAUAGUUUACUGUACAAUGUCUGCUCUUUUUUUGAUGGUGACUAAUAGGAUGUCCAAAUCUUCCCGUUUAGAUGAAUAAUUAAUCAUGAUGCACACGAAGGGUUAACAAGGAAAAUCCAGAUGAGAGGCAUGAUUUUUAAUCGAGAAUAACUUUGAUGAGCCGAGACCGGAUGAUGCCGGCUCACAGUAAAGCGGCAGAAGGCUACUUAGCUGUUUGUUAUUAAUGUGCCACAAAAGAGUAUAAAGAGUAUCGGUGGCGGGGUUUGGAUGGUUAAUUUGUAAGUUUUGUGGGCGAAAUAGAGAGUCCCCAUUGACUUCAUUGUUAGCAGACUUUUGAUGUAUUUAUUCAUUUACGACUUAGAAUGCAUAAAAAAAGAAAAACGUGUUUAUGUCUUAUAUAGGGAUUGUGAAUGGUAGACAGCACAUUUAAUUGUUGCACAUUUCCAGUAUGGCUGAUCUGAUACUAUGGUCAGAGUGCAGAAAUUUAACUCCAGCGACGUCAAUCUCCGGAAAUAGGCGAAAAAGUUCACAACAGAAUAUUCUAAAUGGCUAACUGAAUUUGUGGCAUUUUGUGACGUUUAGACAGUAUUUACAAAUACUUAGCGAAUUGUAAAUACAAUUGGAUAUGGUUUAAUGGAUACAAUUAAACAUAAUUAAGCAUAUAAAGUCAACCUGUUUUUACACUCUACUAUUAAACAUAAUUAAGCAUAUAAAGUCAACCUGUUUUUACACUCUACUGGUACUUAAAUCGCUCGCUGCCAACUACCACGCUAUAUGCUAGCUGGCAACUAGCACACUGAUUGCCAUCUGGUAACUAGCACUGCUAAUUGCUAGCUGCCAACAGGCACACUAAUCGCUAGAUAUCUUAAAUGCUAAGAUGAAUAUAAUGUAAUUAUUUAUUCAUGUUUUUAUUUCAAACCUGCAAGGUGCAGUAGGCAGGGUGGUUAUGUCACUGCCAUUAAUAAACUACAUUACAGCCGGUUAGAUCAAUGUUCAUGUCUAUUUAAACACAUUUACAUUUGAAAAAACAAUGUGGGGGAAUUUAAAAAAAAAUUGGAUAAAAGUCCAAUCAACCAAAAAUGUCACAACUUUCCUGCAGUACCUCUGUGGACCCGCACAGCUCCCUUGUUGAAGGUCUGUAAUUUUGAUCCAUGAUGGUGAAUGUCAGGUUCAAACACUGAUGACAUCUAUUAAACAGGACAAGAAGCAAAGAAUCAAACAGAGACGGAAUUAAAUUUGGCUCAAUUUGAGGAGAAACGUCUGGUCUGUACUCUUGUAGUCUCCAGUAUGCUCUGGCAAAAAAUUGCACGCCUCUUCCUUUAUUUGGACUUUCUCUGACCACAUGGCAACAGCUGCUUCUAAGGGAUGAGGGUCGUAAACAGUUAACAGAAAAGGUCAUAAAACAGUUCAAGGAAGCGGUGCCUGGAGGGGAGUCUGGUCCUGCUUCCUCUUUGCUUUUGUAGUUCUUGGGUGAAGACAAUAUCUUUCUGUUGACUACAAUACAUGAAAGAAACAGAACACCUUCAUUUUGCUUCCCCCCCUUACAGUGGAUUUUGUACAAGCCUUCUUCUUAGAAGGUUCAAAGACAGCUUCUAGUCUUAUCACCGGGAAUUCAUUUCAACACAAAGUUUUUGUGAUAACUUGGAUAAAAUUAUUCUAACAGUGACGAAUACAUUCUUUCAAUACGAGCCUUUUCGCGUGAGCCGGAAGAAGCGCUGCCAUUUCAUUUUGCUUUUUGCACAGAUAUUAGUCUGGAAAAAAAUUACAACUUUUUUUUAAUUUGUGGGUCAAAUGUAAAUGACAUUUUUUUUAUCCCACAGAUGGCAAAUGAGCAUUAUGAAACACCAACACAGCAUCAGCGCAGUCGAUACAGGUAGUGAUUGUGCCAUGCACUCACUGAGGCGUCAUUUACUCGUCACUAAUAAAAACCGUAGAAGGUCCUUUCGCAUUUCCAUUCUUGAUGACAGGUGUGGCGUCUGAGCAACUCAGCAUUGUGCACUAAUUUUCUUUUCCCUUUUCUUUGGUGCACUGCCAUCAGAAAGGUGGGCACCAUAAAAAGGAAAAAGUGACCUAAAAAAAAGCGAGAGUGGCGUCCUUCCUAAAGCGCCACUAUUUUCUUUUAGUAGGACAUUACUCAUUUAUAUGAAACCAGUGAACUGAACGCAAGGACGGCCUGUAAACAUUAAAAUGUAGGGAAUUCUAUGCAUCCUUUAUUGUGCCCUUUGAUGGUGGAUGCAAGAAGAAAGCGCUGAUGCAAGUAAAGCAGAGAUUAUUUUAAAGGCACCGUCAGCAACAACUGCUUUGUCGAACACAAACAAGUGGUGUAAAAUCCGUCCACAAGCUCAGAUCUCCCUUUUAAAGAGCUGAUUAAAACCAUUCCUUCAUUAUGCCUUUUAUAGUGGAAAAUAUUGUUGUUGGGUUUUUGUGUGUGUGUGUGAUUAUACAACAGUGAAUAUUGCUGACUCAAUGUUAACCUUAAAACUUGCCAUUGAAAGCACUCCGUUUACAUAGUUCUCUGUUCUAUUACUGAAUGAAUGUUGUGGAAUACAAUUGAGUGUCCAUGCUCGUAUUAUUCAAUAGAAAAUGCUCCUCAUGUGAAUAAAAAAAUCUGAGUGUAUUUCCGUUCAUUUUCCACCCACAUCCGUCUCCUAGCAGUCAACACCUUUAUUUCACACUUCUUCUUACCUUUCCUGAUGACAAAAAAAAACUUCUAAGGUGAUGCGGGAGGAGCACAACAAUAGUCAGGCAACAUCGGUGGUGUAACACCAGUGAAAUUUCCCUUACUUUUCCCGGAAAAUGUCAUUCUUUUCACAUGCAGAUGUGGACAGGUAUGAUCUGUCUGGACUUUCCUUUUCCAUCACGUGUAGAAUAUAAGAAUAGUUAACGUUUCAGUGUGGCGCUGUGGCGACCGAUGAAGACAAAAUGCAUUCUUGUUGCUUAGUUUACUGUACAUGUAUGGCUUAUAAAUUAUAUCACGUUGUGUUCUCUUUGCAGAUCAUAAUGUGUAAAGACAGCCUGAACUGCACCUGUAAAUGAUGUAAUUAUAGAGUAUUGUUCUAUGGCUCGGGUAAAUGCUGUACAUUGCCCUUGGGAUUGGCCAAAAUGAAUAAAUUACUAUAUAAUA